AUGUCUGUGUGUAAUGGCAGCAUUUUGGAUGGAUGUGGCCUACUGGAGCCAAUGGAAAUGGACCUUCAGGAGGCGGACACCGCCCUCAUGCCUGCCACACUUAGGGUGGUAUUGGCCGCCAUCAUGAUCUUCAUGAUCACUAUCGGUUUCCUUGGAAACGCCAUUGUAUGUCUAAUUGUGUAUCAGAAGCCAGCGAUGCGUUCCGCCAUCAACCUGCUCCUUGCCACGUUGGCCUUCUCAGACAUCAUGCUCUCGUUGUUGUGCAUGCCGUUCACGGCUGUCACCGUGGCAACCACAGACUGGAGCUUUGGCGUCGGCUUCUGCCGCGCUUCAGUCAUGCUCUAUUGGCUGUUUGUCUUGGAGGGUGUGUCCAUCCUGCUAAUUAUCAGUGUUGAUCGUUUUCUCAUCAUUGUGCAGAGGCAGGAUAAACUCACGCCGCACAGGGCAAAAAUUUUGAUUGCGGCUUCAUGGGCCCUGUCGCUCUGCGUGUCUCUACCUUCAGUUGUCGGCUGGAGGGCGGCCGGGGUAGCGGCACAGGCCCCGCAGUGCAUUCUGGGAUACAGCGAGUCGCUGGCCGACCGGGGUUACACGGUGUUGCUGGCAGUGGCUGUGUUCUUUGUGCCCUUCAGUGUUAUGCUUUACUCCUACCUGUGCAUUCUCAACACAGUGAGGCGCAACGCUCUACGUAUCCACAACCACACCAGCGAGGGCAGCGUGGGCCUUAACCACGUCAGCAAACUGGGCCUCACCGGCCUACAGCGCCCCCAGCAGGUCAACGUGGACAUGAGCUUCAAAACCAGGGCUUUCACCACCAUCCUCAUACUGUUCAUCGGCUUCUCUGUGUGCUGGCUGCCACACACCGUAGUGAGUCUGCUGGCCGUGUUUAGUCGACAGUUCUACUUCAGUCCGGCUUUCUAUCCUGUCAGCCUUGGGGCGCUUUGGCUCAGCUACCUGAAGGCCGUUUUCAACCCUGUUAUCUACUGCUGGAGAAUCCGGAAGUUCCGCGAAGCCUGCCUGGAGUUCAUGCCCAAGACCUGCAGGUUCUGUCCCAAGGUUCCCGGCAGGAGCCGUCGACGCAUUAGGCCGAGUAACAUUUAUGUGUGUAGCAGUGAAACCCAGUCCUCUGUCUAG